UUAGUCGUGUUGUGUAGCUCAAAGCAUUAAUAGUCUUUUCGAUCGUUCGUCGUGUACAUUCUCUCUUUCUUCGGUCGAACAAAUAAAAUAUAAUCGCAAGCUUAUUAUUAUUUUCGUUCAUUUUUAAGUUGUUCCAUUCCAUGUGAUUUAUACGCAAUUUUUGUUUUGUGAACUAUUAUCCAAGAUAUUUGGAAAUGGACUUAAAGUGAUAUCAAGUGUGGCGUUUAUUUCCCUUCCAAAUAUCUGAGCAAUAAAACUGAGUAAUUGUGGAAUUUUUUUGCUGCUCUGUAAAAUAUAAAUAGAUUAAACAAACGCCAUUUUGAAUUUAAAUUAUGUGCUAGUAGUAUUAUUGCCAAUUUGAAAAACAAACUUACGACUAUUUCGAUAGUUUCAGACAGAUUUUAUUACAAACGAAGAAGCAUUUUUUUUUUCGAAAUUGUGAAGUAAACGUCAUUUUGAAAAAAAAAGUGUUGAUUAUGUUGGAACCAGAAAACGAUUUGUCGAUGGCGAGUGGUUUUGAGCGAAGCUCGAAAAAUAAAGAUUUUGAUACGAAUUCCGCCUUGGAUUCUGGCUUUCUAUCUGGUCCACAGGCAAUUUAUUCUGGUGAAAUAGAUAGUGUGUUGGACGACGAAUCAUCCCAAAUGUCAGUGACACAAUCGAUGGAUAAGAGCCAAAAACAACAGAAACAUCAUACACUCAUUGACACAAAUAUCGAUUCAGGGUGUAUCGUCGAUUCACAAAUCGAUAUGAUUUCAAAGGAUUGUCUCACCGAUCAUGGGUUGCCCGACCACUUCAACAAUUUAAGCCUGAAGGAUCCAUCGAUUAAUAAUUUAGAUGGAAGCAAAUCAAAUCAACAACAACAGGCUAACCUUUGGCAAUUAUGUUACAAACAAGAUAACGACGGUGAUACUCAGCUGCAUUUGGCGAUCAUCAAUGAAAUUGAACAAAUGAUAUUGGCAAUCAUUCGCAUUACUCCGGCACCAUGGCUUUUGGAUAUGAAAAACGAUGAUGCACAGUCACCAAUUCAUUUAGCCGCCCUAACCCAACAAUCGAAUGUUGUUCGUCGUCUACUUGUGGCCGGCGCCAAUGCAUCGAUUCGAGACGGUGACGGCAAUACACCACUACAUUUGGCAUGCUUAAAUGGUGACCUAGCGACAGUAGAAGCUCUUUUAAAACCAAUUACAGACGCUGAACUAAAGGAAUACAAUCAAUCAGCCAGAUAUCAAUUGCCACACAUGAAUGCCAAUCGACAAAUUUCAAUUGACUUGGAGCAGAGGAAUUUUUACGGUGAAAAUUGUGUUCAUAUUGCCGCGCAGCGAAAUCACAUCGACAUAUUAAAUUCACUCAUUCGAGCGGGUGUCGAUAUCAAUGCUAGAGAAGGACGGGCUGGAUAUACACCCCUUCACAUAGCUGUUGAAAAUAAUAACAUGGAAUUGGCAACACUAUUAGUUGAAAGCUGUAAAUACAUCAAUACUGAAACGUUAUGUUAUCGCCAAGUGACUGCGUAUCAAAUAGCCGGUGAACUUGAACUAACACAAAUGAUGGAACAACUCGAACGGCUUGGAUGUGAAGUGAUAUCACCGCCAGAAAGCGAUGAGGACUCAGAUGAAUCGACCGACACUGAUUCAGACAUUAACUAAAAAUCGAAAAACAGUCAUCGCAAACGAAAUAUCACACACACACAUUCGAUUCCUAUCACUCUAUUUGUCAUACAUUUCAAUUAAUAUCAUUUUCUUCAUGUCGACCGUACUCUCUCAUACACAACCAAAAAUGAAGAAAAUACGAGACAAACGCAUGUCAAAUCUCAUCAUUGGACAAAAUUCAAAUCGAAUUUUAGCAAUCGUUUACAUUGACGAUGGAUUGCUAUUUAACUACAGUACUAUUUAAGUGAAAUUAUUAUGAAUUAUUAUUGUUAUUUGUAACAUUCGUUUAGUGUUUAUCUGAAGCAGCAGCCUAUAAUUUUUAGAUUAAAAUAUCUAUUUUAUUUUCUCUUUCCGUCUAUUUUCACAUAAAAUAAAUAAAAUAAAUUAAAAUAAAUCACAAUGUGAGUAUGUGUAUUGUUAACACUGCAAAAUAUAGUUAAUUUAAUCAAAUGAAAUGAAGAGGACACCUUUUUUUCUAUAUGGAUAUUGCCUUAACUGUUGUCUUAGCUGUUGGUUUAAAUGCGAAAUAAAAUAAAAGCCAAAUCUAUGUUUUAAUAGAAGA